AUGGCGGUUGUUAUCUCUGACUAUUUUGGUGACAUCUUCAAGUCCAAUGGAAACACAAACUUCUCUGCAAUUGCUGGUAUCCUCUCCUGUAAAGUGACAGAAGAGAUGAACUCUUCAUUGACAACCAUACCGAGUGAUUCGGAAAUAAGGCAAGCGGCUAUGUCGAUAAAUGGUGGUAAAGAUCCCGGAUCUGAUGGUAAUUCAGCAAAAUUCUACCACUCCUAUUGGCAUAUCGUGGGAGACGAUUUUAUACAAGACGUUAGACAAUUCUUCACAGAAGAUCACCUGCAUCCGCAGCAGAACGAGACUCAUAUAAGACUCAUUCCCAAGAUACUGUCUCGAAGAUUGAAACUGUUGUUGCCAACGCUUAUCUCGAAAUCUCAAUCAGCUUUCGUGGCUGGGAGACCGAUAGGAGAUAACGUUUUUAUCACUCACGAGACUCUGCACUUUCUCAGAACCUCAGAGGCCAAGAAGUACUGUUCCAUGGCAGUGAAGAUCGACAUGAGUAAGGCUUACGAUCGGCUAGAGUGGGGCUUCAUCGAGUCUGUUCUUUCACACUUGGGCUUCGCAGAGAGAUGGAUUACAUGGGUAAUGAAAUGCAUUGAUUCUGUCCCGUACUCCUUUCUGAUAAAUGGAUCUCCUCAGGGUCUUGUAAAGCCUUCUCGUGGAAUACGACAAGGAGAUCCCCUCUCCCCUUAUAUCUUCAUCCUUUGUACGGAAGUGCUCUCUGCUCUUUGCGAGAAAGCUCAGAUGAACGGUUUCUUUUCUGGAAUAAGGGUCUCUCGCCACAGCCCCUCGGUGAAUCAUCUGUUGUUCACCGACGAUACUAUGUUCUUCUGCAAGUCAAACGCCACCAGUGUCUCCACCAUCUCGGCUAUCCUUCAACAGUACGAGUCGCUGUCUGCACAUAAGAUCAACAUCCUCAAAUCCUCUAUCACCUUUUUGGCCAAAAAUCCUCCAGAAGGUAAAGCCAGGGUCAAGCAAGCUCUGGCUGUUGAGGCGGAAGGUGGGAUUGGGAAGUAUCUCGUUCUUCCCGAGAACUUUGGACGAAAGAAAAGAGAUAUUUUUGCGGCUAUUGUUGAUCGUAUUCGCCAUAAAGCCUUCAGCUGGACAUCUAGAUUUCUGUCGAGGGCAAGGAAACAAAUUCAAUCUAUUCUCACUCGGUUCUGGUGGGACGCUAACCCGAACAAGAAAAAGAUGUGUUGGGUAGCGUGGGCUACUCUAACACAACCUAAAUAUGCUGUAGGACUCGGGUUUAGGGACAUCGAAACCUUCAACGAUUCCCUCUUGGCAAAGAUUGGUUGGCGUCUGAUCUCUGACCCAGAUUCAUUCGUCGCUAGAGUUUUACUCGGAAAAUACACUUGGAGGUCUUCCUCCAUGGAUUGUUCUGCUCUUUCGACAGCUUCUCAUGGCUGGAGAAGUAUACUCGUGGGAAGGGAAUUUCUCAGGAAAGGAUUGAGAUGGACAGUGGGUAAUGGAGAAGCCAUACGGGUCUGGAGUGACCCGUGGAUAAGUUGUCAAACACCUACUGUCCCCUUUGGGCCACCUACUCUCUCGGAUUCAAACCUUAGGGAUUCACUCUCCUGGCUCCCCGAGAAGUUAGGAGUCUACUCUACUCGCUCUGGUUAUGGUGUUGGAAUGAAAGCUGCUGAUAGCUCUCCUUAUACUCAAUCUGUGACCUCCAAGAUUAAAGAUUUCUUGUGGAGGAUCGCCAAGAAGGCCAUUCUAGUAAGUGCUAAUCUAGCUAGCAGAGGUGUUACUUCCUUCCCAUGCAAAUCUUGCUGUGGAGUUGAAGAUGAUCUACACGUCUUUCUCCUCUGUCCUAUCGCAAGUGUGGGAGCUUGCUCUGGUGGUCUCGAGACCGUCUGCGCUUUUACCUUCAUCCCGUGGGCUAAUCUCCUCUUGUUUGAGUCUCAUGAACCUCCCUUAACAGGUAUCUCGGUGCCUUUGUGGCCUUGGAUCCUAUGGGGUUUAUGGAAAGCAUGCAACAAAAUAUGCUUUGAGGACCACACCUUCAUUUCUAUGGAGAUCAUUACAAAAGCUAUUUCUGAUGCUCGAGAAUGGCAGAACUACCAAGACCCUAAGGAAACAAGCACUCAACGUUCUCCUGGUCAAACCCGUCCUGCUCCAAUUGUACGUGAUGAUACGUCUAUUCCUACCUGUUAUAUUGAUGCAGCUUGGGACGCCCGGUCCGGUUUUUGCGGCCUGGGAGAUCUCUUCUCUGGAUCGCCUGCUCUGUCUCGCCUUCCCCAACUCUCCGAAUCAGGAAACAUGUCUCCUCUGCAUUAA